UUAGGUCAAUCUGAUUAAUUUGUUUGUUUGGUCAGUUCCAUAAUAUCUUCUAUAACCUUUACUCGCUUAAAAUCAAUGAAAUUUGUUCUCUUUUAUUCGUGAAUUAGGUAGUACACACUGCGUUAGUGAAUCACGUUAAAUUUGUAUAUGUUUUUGGUGGAUCAAGGAGAUCUGCAUCAGGUAAGUCCUCAUGCAAUGUCUGGAGGACACGAAGCUCGUCGUCCUUGUCUUGAGGGGAGGAAUGUUACGAGACAAUCCAAGUAUCGCAUGGGAAAUAGAAGGGAAUAGACCAUUGUAUAUUUGUGUCCACAUGUCCCAAUUAGUACGAGAUCUUUUUGGGGAGGAUACCCAAAAGUAAAUCCAUGCAGGUUAGGAAAAAGUAGACAAUAUGGUACUAAUGAGGUAUUCAACCUCAGCAAAUUAAGCUAUAACUUAUAUUUAAUAACAUAGAACUAUACAAGAGCAAAAUUGAAAGGUAAAAGAAUCCCAACCUCAUACUAGUUUUCCUUAGAUCUCAAAAUAAACCACUUCCUAAAGUGGCUAAAAAAACCUUGACAAGUGACAACACAUUGAAAUUCAUUUUCUUUUAUAAUCCCCUAAUCAGACAGUGAACAAUGACUAGCUUGUUUGCAUAAAAAAGCUAGUCACUCGACUCCUCCGUGUGUUCAUUUCUAGUAAUGUUAUACCUUCAACAGAAUGAACAUUACUAACUUUGAUGAGCAAAUAUGCAGAACCUUACGGUUCUAAUAUCAUGUAAAAUCCAAUAAUACAGAAGAAGAAAAAAGCUAGUCACUCGACUCCUCCUUGUGUUCAUUUCUAGUAAUGUUAUACCUUCAACAAAAUGAACGUCACUAACUUUGAUGAGCAAAUAUGCAGAACCUUACUGUUCUAAUAUCAUGUAAAAUCAAUAAUACAGAAGAAGAAAACUAACUCACUCGACAACAAUUUAGACUAAUAUCUUGCUCAAUGUGAAUGAGACUACUCUACGAAGAAAAUAGGCAGGACCUUAUAAAAAAAGGGCUAAUACUACUAGAAAUACCAAUCUUUAGCGAAAGUGUCAUUUUUAUUACGUAAUAUUCGGUAUGUCAUUUGUAUACCAACCGUUAAAUUUUCUGUUAGUUGUUAACAGAAAAUACAAUCAACGAUGAUGUGGCUGCUCACAUGGAAUUUUUAAUAAAAAAAAUUAAAAUGAAUAUCCACCUCUUUAUUCUCUCUCUCACCCGCCCCACUCCUCAAGAAAACCCUAAACCUCUAAAAGCCCAGAGGCGGUGCCGUCAGACCCUUCCCUCUCUCAACAUUCUCCCGAUCUCUUCUACUUCUGUGAAACGGUUCCAUUUACCGAAUUACCAUCCUUUGGUCACACUAAUCGCCUCUGCAUCCCAUUAUUGUGAAAUUGGGAUUUUGGGCAAAGAAAAAUGUAAAUGGCGAGGCAAUCUUUUAGAAAGUGUGAGAGCAACCUUUUAUUGUGAAAGCAUCAUUUGGGAUUCUAGGUUCUGUCUUCUGUGUAGAUUCGGCAGAGGAGUUUUGAGUCGGGUUGGUGGACAGGGUCGGGGUAUGGAUUCAAGAUGCAAAAGAAGGCAAGGAGAUUCAAGAUGAACUAGAUUCUGGGUUUUUUAUGGCUUGAGCUCGCCAAGCUUUUCAAUUUUAUGGUGCAGAAAAUAAAAAAUGCAAUACAAUAAACAGGAAGAGUCAAUUUAACACCGCCAAGCUCGCCGUCGUCGACGAUGCGUAAAAACCAAGCCCCUGCCACCACUGUUGAUCCGGUUUUUCCACUUUGGAGGGAAGGAGUACCAGAUCCUGAAGCCGAUGGCCUGUCCUCCAGAGAUCUUGUGGUCCGGCUUGUCCCUGUCGAAGAGUCGGGAAAUUUUGGAUUUGAUGACAUCGACCUUGAAAGACUUGUCGUCUUCCACUCACGGGAAGUCCCCGACGGCUACGAGCGACGGCGGGCAGUGUUUUUCCACUGGAAGGCGAUCCGGAGACGGCGGGCAGUGUUUUUCCACUGGAAGGCGAUCCGGAGAGAAUAGAAAUCGAAACGCCAGCCUUGAUAACAGGGUCGCCGGCUCGCCGCCUUGAGCUCCAUGGUGUCCGAUUGGAUAAGAGAGCCAGAUUUGUGAGGCCAAGCUCAGAGGGGAGGUACCCGGUGUCCGGAAAUGACAACGUGGUUGAGGUUGAUGCCGGAGACGGUGCGGGUUUUGGGAUUGGCUUCGGAUUCGAUGACGAGCAGCAUUUAUAGCAAUGGAUGAGGUUGCGGAGGAGGGCAGAGAGAAAAAUAUUUUAAAAAAUUAAUUAAAUUUGUUUAAAAAUUAAAUUAUUUAUUUUCAAAAUAAAUUAAUUUUAAAAUU